CAAAGAAUUAUACAUAAAUCCAAUCAUGCGCAGAAGUAAUAUUUUUAUCAGUAUAAGUACAUGUUUUUCCAAAACUACAAAGAGAUUUACAUUAGGAAAAUGUAAUAGUUUUAGCAUCGUAUAGACUACAAAGUAUUCUAUUGCGGGCUUCAAUUUGGAUACACGCUUACAUUUGGUGCAAUACAAUGGACGUCCAUCGGAUUGAGGUUCCCCUGCGAUCUGGCGGAGGAAAGAAAAUGAAAAAACGAAGGGAGCUCGAUGCCCUUAUAGCGCAGUCAUCUUCGUCCAAGAGAAACACCCGUAGAACUGCUGGAGGAGCGACACAUUCCCAGGACAAGUUGUUAUCCGUUUCCACGGAUGACCCUGAGGAUUAUGCAUGGACGAAUGUUGCUGGCGCCACUCGUCGCAGCCAUCGGAAAUUUGCCUACUUUCGCAUGUGUGGGCCCCUGUUCUUGGGCAUCAUUGGCAUUUUAAUUGUUUCGAUAUUGUACUGGCUGUACUUCGAUCUUCGCCAGCAAAUGUCCGAUUAUCGUCAGAAAAUCGAGGAGGUGUCUGCCAUGAGCAAAAACUUUCCGGAUACUCUGCAGCGGUGGCAUGAGACAUCGUCCUAUCUGAUGAAAAAUCAAACGGCAGUUAUUUACGAAAUAAGCGAAUUGCAAAAAUCUAUCGAGGGAUUGCGCAUGAACUUUACCAGUCUCGAGGCAGCGGUGGCUUCUCAAAGGAAUCACGGAAAGGACGAGAAGAUGGUGGCAGACUUUGGAGCGAAGAUAGAAGCUGUCGCCACAGACAUUGAGGCUAUAAAGGAACAUUACAACAAGUAUAUCGAGGUGCAGAAAAGUAUUCAAGCUGAAACGGAUGCUUUAAAGGCCAAUUUGUCGCAGUUGCCGAUGCUGCAUGCCAACGAGUUGCCCACAAAUUUAUCGGACAAUAUUGCAGCACUUAAUCAGACCACACUUAACUCCCUGAAGAUGCUGUCAAACGACUUGAAAGUCGUGAACAACACACUGAGCCAAACAACGAACAUGCUGGGAGAGGAAGUAUCACUCCACAAAACCAAAAUAGAUGAUUUGAUGGAUCGGUCGGAGAAUGUGACAUCACAUGUUGCCACCAUAAGCAAUAGCUGGCCGGAAUACAAGCAGAAAGUAACAAACUUUGACGAGGCCUUGGAUAAAACUGAAAAGGAGAUAUCGCUCUUGAACAGCAAGAACUCAAUGCUUUCUGCUGCAGUUGAGCAGUUGAAGAACUUUUGCAUUCAGCGUAUCCAAGGCACAAACAGCGAAGAUGCAGCAAUUAUUCCAAAGCCUGAAGUCAAAGCCGCUGGUCAGGAACUUGUGAAUCCGCCAGAGAAUGCCACAGUCAAACUACAGGAAACGCCCACACUCCCAUAAGCCUGGGUGAAAGUCACAGCCAACGAUUGAAAAUAUUUACAUUUAAUACACACGAAAACUGCAGUGUACAUACAUAAGUGUAGUUCAGAGAGCUAUCUAAAAUAAUGACAAGCAAAGUAUAGAAUGGAUGGAUGGAUGGUUGGGGAUGUACGUGUAAUCGUGUGAUUUCAGUUAAGUUUACUUUUAAAGUCCGUCGUAGAAAAAGGUAAUUUUUGUAUAUAGAAGUUUGUAAGGUAAAUGCAAUAUAAUUCUUUAUAGGUACAAUAUGCAUUUUAUGUCCAAUUAAUAAACGAUUCAAGCUCA